GGAAAAAUGGGAUCCUCUAUUUCAACUUUUUGAAAACCCUACUAAACCUCGUCUACUUCGUGAUUUUUUUCAGUCCGAAAAUUCAAAGCCAAUAUGUUAUUUUUUGCAAAAUGUUCUAAAAAUAUUUAAUGAUGCAAUUCUAACAUUACAGAAUAUGCUACUACCUGACCUAAUUGAAGUCAUGGAGGGAUUCAAAGCAAAAAUUGAAGCGAGGCUUAAUGGAGAUGGGAAUUCAGGAAAUCCCUUUUUUGGUGGCUAUUUCACGCUUCGACGAGCAACGCCUGAACAGGAAACAGAAUUUUGUGUAAGAAUAAAAUUCGCAUUAAUAAAAUCAUAUUACUUAGAAUUUCUACAAAAUUGUCCUCAAUUAUAUUGAACGUUGGUUCCAACUUCAAUUGUUGCCAAAAGGGAUUUCAAUUAUUAAUUUGGAAAAUAAGUAAGAAUUUAGUAAGAGAACGUAAAAUUAAAUUCAUUUUUCAACAAGGGAAUUGAUUUAUUCGGAAGUUGUCCUACUGGCAGAGCAAAUUUGCCCGGAGAAUUCAGAAAAUGAUGAACUUUUUGAUGAAGUUUCGCAAUUAAAUAAAGCUCUGAAUGGCAUUAAUGAAGAGGAUUUUUAUCUCAAGACAACAGAGCAAAAAUGGAGAAUGAUUUUUGAUGUUCCUGGAGCUACAAAAAAAUACAAAAACUUGUACCGGAUCGUCAGUGCAGCUAUUUCGAUCCCAGUUUCAAAUGCAUUUAUAGAGCGCGUCUUCUCAAUGGCAAGUAUUCAAUGGACUAAAGAAAGAAAUUCGCUUG